UUUUUAAAUAUUAAAACAUUGACUUUCCCAAAGGGUUUGGCUUCAGUAGUAGACACUAGACAGUGAUCACUGAUCAGUGCUCUGGUCAUACUUUCUUCUCGAGAAGGAAAUGGGGAUUCUGGAUUACAUAUCUUCGACAUGUGAUUCAAUAAAAAGGAACGCACCAAAUCCAAGCUCAGUGAAGCACUUGUAUUGGAGCUCUUACGAUUACAGCCGUGCCGCCGUUACAAAGAUCCAUAAUGUUUUCCCCAGCAAAGCUGUAAUCGAAAAGCUCAACCAGCACUUGCCAGAUGAAGAUACCAGGUACAAGAUCGCCGAAAAUUUGGCCAAAAACUCCGCCGCCGCCGCUGUUCUAGGGGGCCUUAAAUUCGUCCCUGGUGGACCAAUAUUAUAUGACAUUGUCAAUCGAUCACUUAGGUAUGACAAGAAGUCCAACGACGAUACAAAAAUUCUGCAGGAACUGGAAGAUAAGCUAGGCAGAAUGGACAAAGAACUCAGUGAUUAUCGAAAAUUACUUGAGCAAACCGAGAUACGUAAGCCAAUCAGGGAACUGGAUUGUAGGAACACCACCCUUGGUUUGAAUCAAAAACCAGAAGACGUGAUCAGAAUUUUCAUGAUGACAGAAUUUGUGGGUAAGCAUUUGUUGGAUAAUCUAAUAGUUCCUGGGGUUAAAUCUUGGAAGCCAAAUAUGAAAUACGACCAAUGAAAUGGUCUCUAAGCAAGUGUUUGGAUGCCAUGCUUAUGUAAUUAAGUUUUCUUGUGCUUCAGAUGCUAUAUGCUAAUAAUUUGUAAUCUCCCGUGUUCAUGCUUUAACUCAGCUGAACUAAGGAUGGUAUGUAUUUUGUUGAGAAAAGACAUAGUAAUACCCUACCUUGUGUGUUGUAAAUGAUCA